AUGCCCCGCUUCAUGCAGUUGAGUGACGGCUCGACCACGUCUAAAACUUCACGACCGCCGCCCGUAUCUCCCGGAGUCUCGCCUGCACAGAGAGCUGCAGAUCGAUUCGCUGUCAAUGGCAAUGCGGUAGUGACUGGAGGCGCGGGUGGUAUAGGGGCGGUUGCGUGCAGAGCCUUACUGGAGCACGGUGUGCAAGGCUUGGCCAUCUUCGACAUGUAUCCAGACCGGGCACAACCCACCCUCGACAAGCUCCAGAGCGAAUUUCCGGAAGCCACGGCUGUUUUCAAGAGGGUGGACGUUACCGAUGCUGCGUCGGUAGACAGUGCAGUGGAGGAGGUGGAAGGUGUCUUCGGCAGUAUUGAAAUUCUCCUUUGCUUUGCAGGGAUCACGGGCUCAAUCCACGCACUAGAAAUCACGCCAGAGAACUGGCGAAGAAUGCUGGAAAUCAACACCACGGGGGCCUUUCUUUGCUCACAGGCCGUUGCCAGAUCGAUGAUCAAGAAUGGUAACAAGGGCAGCAUCGUGCUAAUGGCAAGCAUAUCUGGCCACGUCACUAACUAUCCCCAGCCUCAUGUACACUACAAUGCAUCUAAGGCUGCCUUGAUAUCUAUGAAGAGCUCACUGGCGGCGGAAUGGGCCACGUAUGGCAUCAGCGUCAACAGCAUCAGUCCGGGGUAUAUGGACACUGUCCUCAACGAAGGCUCACAUUUACAGUCACUGAGGGAAGCAUGGGCGAAGAGAACCCCAUAUGGUCGCAUGGGCCAUCCUGAUGAGCUGACCGGUGCAAUUAUCUUGCUGGUAAGCAAUGCGGGCAGUUACAUUACAGGGGCAGAUAUCAUCGUUGAUGGUGGCCUCACGGUAUUCUGA